UUACUGGUAAAGUUGUACGAGUUACGACCGACCACAAACGGUAUUAGCUAGAUGCACAUGUCAAGCUAAAGUGGCGCGGCGCCUCGUGCCGUGAAAAAAACUCAAAUUCCCAGAAUUCAUCGAAAUUAAACUGCCAAAGCUGAUCUCGACGCGUGUGACAUUAUGAAUCGCUGUCUUAAAUGGCUAGUCAAAGCAUAUACAACAGUACGAAGUUCGAACUAUGACAUGUGACAUUUAACAUUGUGCUGAAAUAAUGUGACCAAGACUUCCGGACAAAAGACCAUGAUGCAUUUCGCGGCACUCAUGCGCGCAUGCGCUCUCGACUAAAGGCUCAAGCGCUGGAGCUCAACUGUCACACGAGCUGACCCUUUUUUUUUGCCUUCGACUCAUCUCUCAAUAUAUGAACAUAAUCAGUUUUUCAUCGACCUUCUGGAAAAAUGUCGAGUAGGUGGCGUAUUUCAGCAAGUUUGUCAUUCACCAGAAAGUGAUUGCUACAAGUGCAGGAUGCGGUGGUGGUGGUGUCCCGGUUCCCUUGUGCACCUGUUACGAUGCAUACUAUUGCGCUCAUGUUCCAGGAGAAGAAGAUGCCGGUUGCCUUUGUGGUUCACUAAAAGGCAGGCCUACUUGAAACUGAUGCUGCAGUCUCUUUUCUAUAACUCCCUCACGGACUCAGAUGUGGUUUUUGAUUCACUGUUUGAACCAAUGUUUUGGACUGUGGACUACUUGACACGUUGGUUUGGUAUGGUGUUUGUUUUCCUGGUGGUACUACUGACCAGCUCUAUCCUGGUGAUAGCUUAUGUGGUCCUCCUGCCACUCGUUCUCAACACAUAUUCCCCACCCUGGAUUGCUUGGCACCUUUGUUACGGACACUGGAACCUAAUCAUGAUUGCGUUUCAUUACUACAAAGCCACCAAGACCUCCCCGGGAUACCCCCCUGUUGAAAAAAAUGACAUCCCUUUUGUAUCAGUCUGCAAAAAAUGUGUCACUCCCAAACCAGCAAGAACACAUCACUGUGGUAUCUGCAACAGGUGCAUCCUAAAAAUGGACCAUCACUGUCCCUGGUUGAAUAACUGUGUAGGACAUUUCAACCACCGUUAUUUCUUCUCCUUCUGCCUCUUCAUGACCUUGGGCUGUUUGUACUGUAGCAUCAGCGGCAGAAACCUCUUCAUAGAUGCUUAUAAUGCCCUGGAGACAGACUAUGUGACUCCUGCGCCUCCGUACACUUUUAAGGAAAGGAUGAUAAAUAAGAGCAUCAUCUACAUGUGGGUGCUCACCAGCACAGUGGCAGUAGCCCUGGGAGCUCUCACCACGUGGCAUGCACUGCUCAUAUCCAGAGGUGAAACCAGCAUAGAAAAACACACCAACUCCAAAGAAAAGCAUCGAAUGGCAAAAAUGGGACAGGUGUACAAAAACCCAUUUGACUAUGGCAGGCUGCAUAACUGGAAAGUCUUCUUUGGCGUGGAGAAGAAAAGUCACUGGGUAACACGUGUCCUGCUCCCCUCCGGUCACUCCCCGCUUGGCGAUGGCUUGACAUGGGAUGUCUUCCCCUUAAAGAAGGACCCAAUGCCUGUAUGAUGGUCAACAUACAGACCUUUGAAACUUAUCAAGCUGCUCCUGGCCAGGCUCCUUUCAAAAUGAAUCCCGAUGGAACUCAAGAAAUUGGGUUAUAUCGACCUCCAAUACCUCACAAACUCACAAACUUUCUGCUCAGACUUGCAGAGUUGGAUAUUUUAUCAGCCACUGAUGGAAUUAAAACAAAUAAUUGAAGGAUGUUAUCUCCUCUUUCAACCCCAGCUAAUACUAGAUAGAAUGACACAUAAUAAAAUGUUAUUUAUAUGGAUUUUUUUUUAUCUGUUUAAGUUAAUAAACAUUGUUUAAAUAACCUCACAUUGUGUCAAUUACACAAAUGAUACAUUUUCACAUUUU